AGGAGGGGACGUUCUACCUGAACGGGAGUCUCAUCAUCGGCCAGGAACAAGAUGCUCUCUCAGCCGGCUUUUUACCCGAGGAGAUCUUGAGAGGAGACAUCAGUCAGGUGAGUGUGUGGAACAGGGUGGUAAAGGCGUCAGAGGUGAGAGCCAUGGCUGACUGUCUCACAAACGGCCGAGGCAACUUAUUCAGUCUGGACACGUCCCCCCUGGAGCUGUUUGGACCUGUUGUCGAAGUCAUGAUGGAUGUGGGAGACCUCUGCAGGUCACAGCCGUACUACGUGGUGAUGCCAGAACACAGGACAGCGGCCGAGACGUUCAAGCAGUGCCGCUCAUUAGGUGCGAAGACGGCUGUGCCAACUACCACCCUGGAGAACGCCCACCUGCUCGACACACUCUCGCUCUUCUCUGACACUUGUAGCAAUAGCGUGUGGAAGAUGUGGCUUGGCAUCGUUGACGAAGAGGAAGAAGGAGUCUGGGUGGAUGUGAGCACCAACACAGAAAUAACAUUCACCAACUUUAAGCCACCAUACCCUUUCGGAGGGACAGCCCUCAACUGCGCGUCCUUGUUCGAAGAUGGUUUCUGGGGUGACGAAAUAUGCAGCAACUAUAAAUGCGCUGCAUGCCACCACAGGAGAUCUGAUUACCUCUACCUCAGAGGUCUAUGUUUCCAGAGUGAACAUGAGACUCGAUUUCGAGUUGAAGGUUACCUGGGAGGACGACCAUUAUUCCGUGGAUUUUAUGAUCGAGCCAUAAUGUGGGAUGAGGUAAAGCACAGAUGGUUACUGAUAAUUCCCUCAGUAAACUCCACCCUGGCGUGGGUAGACAUCCCAGACACUAGGAGCUACCCGUUGGGCCACCAACACUGGGUGACAGAGGAGACGGUGUGUGGGAAAGGUCAUGGCGCCAACAUCACCCUCAGCUUGUCGCCGUGCGCCUCACACCAGUUUAUGUGUGCCUCAGGUGACUGUGUCGACUCCCAGCUCCGCUGUGACCUUCGCUACGACUGUGAUGACGGAGACGAUGAAGACGACUGCGAGAUUAUCGUCUUAAACAGAGGGUACCGCCGCCAUCUUCCACCAGUGGAGGCUGAGGGGUCACUUCUUAAACUUUCGCCCUCUGUUACUCUCUCACGUUUUACUGACAUAAACGACAUCAAAAUGACUUUUGCUAUCGAGUUCCACAUAGCUUUAUCAUGGAAGGAUGGAAGAUUAAACUUCCGCCAUCUUAUAACAAAGAAGAAGAACACCGUGUUAGGAGAGGAGGAAGUGGCGAGGAUCUGGACGCCUCAGUACCAGCUGGUGAACGUUGAGGGAGGCCAGGUGCAAGUGUUGGCCCAGGCAGUGGCGCUCACCACAACCAACAACGUCACCUUCCCGCACCACAAUGACGUCAUUAUGGAUGUGAGUUACCCGGGCAGCCACAACCCUCUCACUCAAACCCGUCAGUACACCGGCAAGUUCAUCUGUGCUUUCGAGCUCUACGCCUAUCCGUUUGACGUCCAGCUGUGUAGUAUCAACAUCCGACUCCCUCAAGCGUAUGAAGAUUAUGUACAGUUUUCAGACACCCAGAGGAGUGUGCUUUAUGCGGGACCUAAAGAGCUCUCUUCGUAUAUUAUCUACAAUGUGAGGCUCGGGGAGGUUAAGGACGGUGGUUGGUUAACCGUUGAGUUUGAGCUGCACCGUCGUCAGGGAGUGAUCGUGCUGGCCACCUUCCUGCCGUCAGUACUGCUGCUGCUGGUGAGCUGGGCCACACUCUUCAUCAAGCUGGAGGCCCUCAACGUGCGGGCCAUCAUGUCCCUCACCACACUCCUCGUCCUCUACACCCUCUUCUCCAACACCUCGCGCACCCUCCCUGCCACCGCGACUAUCAAACUCAUUGACGUUUGGUUCUUAUUCAUUAUUGUUCUUCUCUUCAUAAACAUUAUGAUACACAUUUUUAUAACGUUGACGACGGACGACACGUGGUUCAGGAGAGUGAGUAAACCCUUAACGGUAGUGGACCCAAUUGUCUCGGAGAACACUCACCCUUCCAGUGUUGCAACGUCCCCCAAAUUCCUGGCAGUAUACAGGAUCAUCAUCUUCCCCACUAUCGUGUUUAUCUUUGGUGUCACCUUCAUUGUUCUCUGCUACAGGCACCAGUGAACAUGUUAUAGCACUUUCAGUAUAUUCCACAUCAUAACCAACAUCACAUAAUCAUUAGGAACUCUUGUCUGUAAGUUUAUGUCAAUAUCAAAUCCUCAAAGUUAUCAUUGUCCAUCACACUCAGGUAGCUAAAUCAGGGGUGACUUUUAUCUUGAUAUAGGC